CCCAGGGGGAGCGACAGAGUCCGGGAGGUAGAUUUUUGGGACGGUGUCAUAACUGAACACUGCUCCUCUACACUUCACCGACUCUAACCGGAGACCAUGUGGAAGUUGGACUACUUCUAUUCCACACUUUUUGCAGCGUUUCUUCUCCGAACUAGUUGAUAAAUUUUGAUAAACGAUAGAUUUUUCCCUCGGCGUUCUCUGGAGGAGCUCUAAUUUGUCCCAAAGCAGCGGAGGCUCUGAACUCGGGGAAGCCUGCGUUUUAUUUAGCUGAGCAGGUUUAAAUGAGGACCGACUGUGAGGAGCUCAGUGACUGUCGCUUUGGGUUCGGGACCAAAUUCAGUUACAAAGUUAUAAGUGAAGUACAGCCACGGUCCGUUUGCUUCGGUUAAUAAUUACAGACAGCGGUGUGCUGCAUUUAACAGUUUCUUCGAAGAUUAAUUUCCGCAACUUCUCGGUUGUAAAAAAAUAUUAGCCAACUUUUGGGCACCUUUUAUCCGACGGCAUGCCUUGUAGCCGUGCGGCGGCAACCUGUAGCCCAGCCUUUGAAGUUCAAGCUGACGCUCUGGUGCGUUUUUCGGUGGAUUUAUCUAGAAAAUGUGGCGCAACCAGGACGGACUCUCUUUUUCAGCUUCGCAAAAUGUGAUUGUCGGUUCCAGUGACUGCUGUGCACUGUAACAAACCAAGGAUCUCUUUUGGCAGGACCUGUCCUUCUGUGAGAGGAGACAGCUACAAAUGAGGAGAUUUGUUGUGAUGAAGAACAGCUUGUUGGAAACCAAUGCACACAUGUAACACAACACAGCGCGUCUUUAUGGUGCAUGCAGAGCUCCACCAACCCACACUAAUGACACUGGAUAGAACUUAAUCAGAGCUCGGUUUAUCUCGGAACAUAUGUGAGAGUUAUGCAUUUGUUUGACGAGCCUAAAUAACUGAAUGGAAGUUUCAGGACAUUCACGCGUGACUCAUUAUGGAAGCCCUCCAGCUUUAAAAGUUUGGAUUGUAUCCGUUAAGCUGUAACAGAAAGAAGUGGGACCUGUGUGGCAUUUCUGUGUAAACAUACUGAGUUUUUCGGUUUAUCUGUGGUGCUUGCCUGCUUUGAAGUCCACCAUGUGCGGCUGGGCACCGCCGCUACAGCCGAGGCCAUGACCGUCCCCCGGCGCCUGGCCGGGCUCUGGCCGUGGCUGCUCAUGGCGGCCCUGCAGGUGGUGCUGGGCCAGCCGGGCCUGGAGUCCGAGCGACCGACCCUCCGAGCGGUCAUCAAGGUGACACUGCUGAAGCACGAACCGUCGGGAAAGCCCAUCAUUUUGGAAGGGGUGUUUGUGGGAGGGAGCGCCGGCAAGGCGGAGGGAAAACUAAUGCAGUACCACCCUCUGUCUCUGUGCAACACAAGUGAGGAUGAACGACAAGAGAGUGACUUCAUCACCAUUGUCAAACUGGAGCACAGGGUUCCUCGCUGUAAGGCGCUUCACGAUAAGGCUCGCAUGGCGCUGGAUAAAGGAGCUCAAGCUGUUAUCUUUGAUGUCAGCGAUGACGUCAAUGCUGCUGCUGAGCUGCGGGAAAUAGACUCCCUUCCCCGUCCAGUUGUUCUGGUGGAGGCUGAUGAUGCUGAGGAGCUGAUGGGUUUGGUCAACAAGAACGAGGAGGCCAAAGUUGUCAUUGAGAUCAAGAUGGAGGCUAAAUGGCCACAUUAUGAUGUUGGUAUCCUGCUCACUAUCGUCCUGGCUAUUCUCACCAUCGUCCUAAUCUUUGCUUUCCGCUACAAAUGCAAGUCCAACAGAACCUGGGACUCUGUCCAUCAGCAGACUAUGCGGGCCAUCAGUAGAUUGGAGACUAAAACCUACAGUUCUCAGGGCUGCUCAGGCUCACAGCGCCACCGUGGGACCUGGGGUUCAGCCAGCAGCUCCAACUCCAGCCCCGUAUGUGCCAUCUGCCUGGAGGAAUUUCAGGAUGGGCAGCAUCUGAGGAUAAUCUCCUGUGCUCAUGAGUUCCAUAAAGACUGUGUCGACCCCUGGCUGCUGCAGCACCGUACCUGUCCCCUCUGCAUGCACAACAUCAUGGGGACCGAGCGACAGGCCCAGAGGAGCAGACUCCAACAGAGUCCAGAGCAAAGUCAAGGGUUCCUGCAUCCUCAGCCUUACAGUGGCCCUCAUAACCACCCCUUUCCCCAGCAUGCUGUUCCCUUCUCUAUGAGGCCUCACUAUCCUCAUGGGCCCUCUGGACCUUAUCCCAAUCUGGGCCACUACAAUGGCUCUUCUCCCAUGGACACUCAGAAUUUACGUUUCCUCACCAGCAGGCCACUGGGCUCAGGCUGUGGGUACCACCUUUCUGCAGAGGGUCCGGGGAGGCCCCACAGGAUUGGAGGUAACUGCAGGACUUCCACAUACCACUACACCCCCCGUCGGUCAUGCCACAACUAUCGCUCAUCCUGUCCAGCCCAGCGCAGCGCAUCCAGCUCGAGACUACAUCACUCUGUCUCCGUCACACCACAGGCCCGUGGAGCACUGACCCACAGCCGGCAGGACGAUGGUAGCUGCUCAGGAGCCAGCUAUCACACAGAGCGCAGUGGAUACUUGGCUGACGGGCCAGCAAGUGACUCCAGCUCUGGGCCAUGCCACGGUUCCUCCAGUGACUCAGUUCUCAACUGUACUGAUGUGUCCCUGCAGGGAGUUUAUGGCAGCUGGUCCACCUUCCGUAGCUCUCUAAGUAGUGACUAUGAUCCUUUGGUGUAUUAUGGGCCGGGUCCUGGGCGCGCUCCUCGCAGAAACAGUCUGGAGGCUGGUUCCCAGACCCGGCCCAGGUCUCUGGAUUCUGUAGUGAACAAAGCGGGCUGCCCUGAAGAACAGCCGCAGACUGUAUUCAGCCACAUCCACUACCACCGCCACAGACACCACCACUAUGAGGAGGGGGAGCACAGCCAAGGCCCCAACAGAGGCUCAGAUGAGGAGCAGGGAGCAGCUGCAGCUGCCCCUGCUAACCUUGUCCUGGACAAAGACUCCCCUGUGUGCCCUCCAAAGCACAGCCCCUGCCACUGCCCCAAACCAGAUCCCACUGAUCUGCCCAGUCCUGUGAUGGAGUGUCAAGACCAUGACCCCAGCAGCCCCACAAGACCUCCUGUCCUCGUGUCCCCCAUUCCCUUACAGCUCCAGCCCCACUGCUGCCACCAGGGACAUGCUGCAGCUCCUCUUGGGCGAGUGGGGGGCUGUGUGCUUGAUGGUCCUUCUGUUCGUUUCCACCAGAGCCUGGAUAUGCAGGACGAUCGUAGCAUCCACAUCCACUACGGUCAGGGCCAGGGGUUCUGCUGCUCUCCCCCUGAGCUGCACCCUGCCUUGCUCCCUGUACCCCUCAUUCUGGACUCGGGGGGGAUGGAUGACUGGUCUUGCUGUGCCGGAGCCCAUGUUGUUUGGCAAAAACAGGUGCAGCAGUCCCACUCGGAGCCUCAGCUCCUGGGACCUGGGAUCUCGAUGGACCGGUCACCCUGCAGGUUCCACCAGGGGCCUGCUGCUGACCACAACACAGACAUUUGUUUAUACUGCCAGUCAUUACACCACAGUCAGGGAUCAGAAGAGGAGUCUGGAGUGUGAAAACUUGUUGCAUCCCCAUUAUCACACUGCUACACAGGAGCCAUACUAGUAUAGCCUCUCAUCGGCUCCCACAUCUUCUAUAUAAUUCCACCAGCAAAGCCUUCAUUCAGAUGAUUCCCCAGCUGCCUCCAGGAUUCCAAGCUAUAAUGAUGAAAUGAUCUUCAUUACGAAAAGUGAAAUUAGAAUAAUACUGAACCUUUUGUGAUAUUUAAUAUCAAAAUAUACUUAAUUAAUUGAACAUGUGAAGACAGGGUGUUACUGGGGAACGCACCUCGUCAGUUAUAGGAAGAAUAUUUACAAAAUCAUAAGUUCCCAAGCUCCUUGGUGACAUCUAAUGAAUGAUCCUUGCUUUGGGUGUUGAGCCCUCAUGAAGUGAGAAUCCAUCUCUGCAUCGCUCACUCUUUUACAAAAUAACUUGAUUUGUCUUUGAGGUACUUAACUCUUACAUGCGCAAUCUUCACCUUCCUUCGCUGAGUCCAGUCUCAGCUGAGAGAUGCUUUUCUCUCCAGCCUACCUCAGCAAAGAUUUCUUAACACGCCUCACACAGGGAGUCUUUAAAGGUACUGCUGUAGUGAUUUUUUUCUUUUUUUCUUUUUUGUCAUGUAGCUCACAUAAACUCAACAAAAAAGUUAUCCUCCCAGCAGUCCACCUUGUCCAAAAGGAGAGGAAGGUUGAUGCUCAGCCCCUCAAGCAACAAGCAUUCACUGAGGUUGCUGAGCUUGCCUUGCAUGGGGCUUGUUUUCAUUAUUUCAAUAAUGGCAGCUGUUUUGCUUAUGUUUGGAUUUUUUUUAUUUUUUAUUUUUAUUUUAUUUUAUUUUAUUUUAUUUUUUGGGGGGAGGGGGUAUUAUGCCCACCAGGGUAAUUUUUUUUUGCAACUUUCUAAAGGAACUAGUUUGACUGAAUUUUGUUAUUGUCAUUACAAGCUAUUGUCUUGAUUUUGUCAUUUCUCUUGCCAGUGGUUACUUUACAUGUUUGACCUCGGUGCUGUUUAAUCCCGGGAUCAGUGAAUAGGCUUCAUCAGAAGGAUAACAAUUAUAUCCUCGACUCCUCUAACUCAUCACAAUGUUUUAUUAUCCUCCUAAAAGGUUAAAAUUGUCUUCCAGCAUCUAAGGCUCUAGGUAAAAGCUUCCAUACUGCAGCCAUAGAAAUGACAUAAUGACCAUAAGAUAGCAUAAGUGGAGUAAAGCCAUGCUAGAUAGACCCAAUAACAUCAGCUCGGUUUGUUGUUGUAGCAGUUUAACUAAAGCUUAGUGUGCCUUUCCCAUAAUUUCAAAGUGUAAUGAGUAGUCCCUGAAAAAUAUGUCCAGAACCAUCAAACACUGGAAAAAUGGGAAGAAUUCAUCUUAGUUACAGUAGUAAUACCAGAAUCAGUGAAAAUCCUUUGUUGUGGUAAAUGUGCAUUGCCAGUCCCUGUUUUUGAGCUUAAGGCACUUGAAGGAAGAUCCCCAUUGAAGCAGAAAUCAGAGGUGUUGGAAAGACUUUUUACAGUGUGAUAUAUCUAAAAAUGUUUAAUCAUGUCAAAACUGCGAACAGCCAAAACAAGGUUUAGUCUUUUUUACCUAAUACUCCCACACUGGCAAAAAGUGUUUAUAUUCCAAGAAAAUAAUUGCGGUUAAAAGUAGGCCUCACUAUGCCAUCAAAGAUGGCUCACUUAUCUUCUGUUUAACCACUGAUUUCUUCAUGCUCACAGACUAACUAAUCUGAGAUCAGAGGGGUAACUAUUCUGUUUUUAGAGCAGACUUUCCCUUAAAGGCUCACUGGAAGUGUGAUUUAUUUUUGCAGUCAGACUGCAGAUACAGCCGAGAAAGCACUCAUGGAUGUUGCAGUUGCACUUACUAAAACCUCACAUGACCCUCAUUUAUUCAUUCAAACUGUUCAUAAUCCUAAAUCAGGACCCCCCCCCCCCAA